GUAGUAGUAAACCUUGAAGUCCCCCCUUGAUUCCUGACGAAGAGAACAAACCAAAACAAAGGAGGCUGCGAAGAGGAGGCGGGUCAGUACCAUUCCUUUGCCGGCCUUCUGUGCCUUCCCCACCACUCCACGUCGAGCUGGGGUCUCCACUGCCACCAUGGGCCCGGACACCCAGCCUCAGGGGCGCCAUGACGCCGCCCUUGGUGAGAUAAUGGAGCAGGAAGGCAAUGAUGUGCGGGGCUUCCUGAAUGCUGUCUUCGGGUUUCUCUCUCGGCGGUGUCCGGAGGAGGUGUUUGGCAGCGGUGGUGGUGGUGGUGGACACAUCGCUGGGCAGCACCUGGUAAGUCAGUCCUUCUGCCGGUGGAGACAACAGUACCAGGAGCAGCGGGCAGAGGAGGAGCUGCAGAAGGUCAUGCUUAGUGAGAGAGAGGGUGUCCCAGAGGCAGUAGUGGAAGAGGUGGUCAGCACCAGCAACCACACAGAGGGAGCGGAGGAGGGCAGCACAUCAGGAAGCAGCCCACUCCACUCCACCAGCCCCGGCCAGCCCUCAUCCCCACACAGGCAGGAAGGCACAGGAACCAAAGCCGGCAGCUGUGGGUACCUGGACACCACCAACGGGGCGGUGCUGGAUGGCCUUGCAUGGACCCAGAGCAUAGAUGACCUGGAGGUGCAGGUGGUGGUGCCCUCUGGUGUGACGCGCGGCAAGCAGGUCAGGGUGGCAGUGAAGCAGAGCAGCCUGGCAGUGUCGGUGCAGGAUGGGGGAGGGUCGGCCUGGCACACCCUGCUGGACGGCACCCUGGCGCAUCCUGUGAGGGCCGAGGAGUGUCUGUGGUCUCUGGUGUCUGGAGAACAUGUGGCGAUCCACCUGGAGAAGAGUGAGGAGCGUUGGUGGAACCGUCUCCUGAUCCAACACGACCCGAUUGACCUGCAGAAGAUCAGUGCCGAGAGGGAGUAUGGGUCACUGCCAGAGGAGGACAGGAGUAAGAUACAGGAACUGAUGUGGAGCAGGUGGCAGAAGGACCAGGGGAAGCCGACCUCGGACCAGCUGCGGAUGGAGUCUGUGUUGCGGGAGGCAUGGACGGCGGAGGGCUCGCCUUUCCAGGGGCGGCCCUUCGACCCCUCAUCUGUCACCCUGGUGGGGGGACAGGGCUUCAGCGCCACCUGAGGGGGGGGGAGGCGGCUGUUGACUCUCUCUCUUUGUGUAAUAGUAGUUUUAAAGAUAGCUGGUUUUCCCCCGCUUCUCAGAACUGCUGUGGAGCAUUUCUGUCUGUGUGACGUGUUUAUCAUGUUAUGAAGGUAAACAAGGCUGUAUGUGUGACUGUACAUAUAGAAAUGUAUCGAGGAGGAUUUUUCUAUAAAUGUAUGUAUAUA